AUGAGCAGCUCUACAGCUGAAGCGCACGCAACUCCAACAGAAUCCAACCCGCGGGCACCAGCGACACCCCGCGCUGCUCUGGCCACUCUCACGCGUCCUCACCCAACCGUCUGGGUCAUCACUGUGACCGUCGGCGAGGACAACCGUAUGACUGGCGACGCGAUGGACGAGGUGUCCUGCCACCUCGACACGGCCGAGUCCGAAUGGCGCGAAGCGGGAGGAGGAAAGACGGGCAGCAAGAUCGGCGGCGCGCUGGUGCUUACCAGCGGUAACGCCAAGUUCUUCUGCAACGGACUGGGCCUGCCAGAACAAAACGUCGAGGGGUUCAUGCUCAACCAGUGGGAGCCCCUCAAGUAUCGACUGCUCACGUAUCCGCUAUUGACAAUCGCUGCCAUCAACGGGCACGCCUUUGGCGGGGGCUGCCUUGUCGCCAUGACCUGCGACCUGCGACUCAUGACGUCAGGAAAGGGCAUGCUGUCUAUCAACGAGGUCCUCAUUGGGGUCAUCCUUUCGCGCAACGACAUGGAACUGCUAAAGGCAAAAAUCACCCCACCCCACGGUCGCCCCUGGCCCAUGCGCGAUGUUGUGCUAGGAAAGCGGUUCACCCAGGCCGAGGCACUGGACAUUGGCCUCAUUGACGAGAUUGUGGAUGACGGCGGGGACCGCGCGCGACUCGUUGCGCGGGCAGUGGAGCGAGGGGCUGUGGAGGGGCAGGUGGUUUCCGGAGGCGCAUAUGGCCUGUUGAAGGAGGGAAUCUUCCAACAUCUCCAAGAAAAGGGCCAGUUCCCGCGACCCCGCAACAACCCAGGCCUCAUGGAGGCCAGGUGGAGGACGCGCAUGAAGUAUGCCAAGUUGUAG